UAAACACACACUUCUUUCGCUUAGAUACAUUUUCCAUAUAACCAUAUGUCAUUGUUACCUCGUCGUCGCGUUAUUGUCAAUGGGAACCAAAGGAUGAGAACCCAUCAUUACUAUUGGUGUCGACGUUGUCAAAGAACAUUUAGAACCAACUCAAAUCACCUACCCGAAACUGUUUGCCCACGAUGUUUAGGAAUUAUCCCCGAUGAGCUUGAUAUGCAAAGACCUAGGUUGAUAUCCAACGUUGCAAAUGUAGAACCAUCUUUGGCCACACAACUAAUAGAGAACUUGGCUCUUUUACUUGAUCCGCCUGAGCCACAACAAUUCCUUGGACCACAUGGUCUUGAUACUGAAACUGAUCAAAGUCUAGACCCAAAUUUUAUCUUCCAAAUUACAGGCUCUCAGCCGAGACUUGUGGGUGAUGGAUCUCUUGAUGCCCAAAAUGCGGCUUUUGAGGAAGCUGGUAACGUUUUCAAUGAAGAAGAGACCCAAAGACCGUCUCAAACAACAUCAAUUAUUGAAGCCCUGCCGCUUGUGACUCUAACUCCAUCUCAUUUGGCUAACGAUUUGCAUUGCCCUGUCUGCAAAGAUGAGUUUGAGGUUGGAGGAGAAGCAAGGGAACUGCCUUGUAAACAUUUCUAUCAUUCUGACUGCAUCUUUCCAUGGUUGAGCAUCCACGAUACCUGCCCAGUAUGCCGAUAUGUGAUAGAAGGCCUCUCAAACAACAAUCAUCAAACGCAUUACGAAGAUGCUUUUCCAAGACAAGAUUUUGGAAACAAUUUCGACAUGAAUAGGGGUUUAGAACAACUAAUCAUGGUAUGGCCUUUUAGAGCAUUCUCAAACUCGGCAUUUCAACAAGAUUAUUAUCAUCACAACAGGAAUCCUAUAUCUCUCUUAGAUAGAAUUGGUGACACGCUUGGUUCAGUUUAUGAGUUCUUAUCUUACUUGGUAUCGCCUUUUCGAAAUAAUAUGUAUUAAGGAACUUUAAACACAAUGUGAUUGUUAAACAAACAAUAAGUUAAAUCUCACAAUGUAAUUCAUUGGAUGACUUCAUAUAGGACAAUGUUAUAUGAAAUUCCAUUAUCAUUUA